AUGGAAAUCGCAGAUGCCCUAUCAAGACUUUCGCCCCAGGAAACAGAGUCCAUCUCUGAUAUGGGCGUCCAAAUACACGAAAUCUGUCCACAAUUCGGUAGUGGGAUUUUGCAGGAGAUCCGCGCGGCAAGUGCAACAGAUCCGGAGCUUAAAGAAUUAAAUGAUGUGGUUUACAAUGGAUGUCCAACGAACAUAAAGCAGGUCCCAGAAAUCCUCAAACCCUAUUGGACCUUUCGUGAUGAGAUCACCACCGAAGAUGGUAUAGCAGUGAAAGGCCAACGUAUUAUCAUCCCCCAUAUCAUGCAGAACAUGAUACUUACGAAGCUUCACGCAGGUCAACAAGGGUUCGAAAAAACUAAAUUAAGAGCCCAAACAUAGGUUUACUGGAGAGGAAUGAACAGUGACAUUGAGAAGAUCCAUGGCAUAUACCAUCGGUACAGACUACUUUACCUAGACGGCGCGGAAAACUUAUUGGUUGCUGACUACUACUCAAAAUACCAGUUCGUGUUAGAGGUACCAACAGGGAAGAGCAGCAGUAGGACAAUCGCGAAUUUAACGAAAAAAAUUUUCAGCGAACAAGGAAUACCCCAAAUCGUAAGAUCCGAUAAUGGGCAACACUUUGAAGGACAAGCAUAUAAAGAGUUCGCAAAGCAAUAUCAUAUCCAACAUAUCACAAGCUCACCACACUACCCCAGAAGCAAUGGGUUUAUUGACAGCCUAGUCAAGACUAUAAAAAAGACAAUGAAAAAAGCAAGAGCAACCAAUACAGACCCACUCGUGGCUUUGUUAUGCUUACGGGCAACUCCAAUCAACAGCACUCUCCCAUCCCCAGCUGAACUCCUAUUUUGUAGACCAAUCCAAGACAACCUGCCAAAGAAAAUACCGAAAGGUAAAACAACUGAGGAUGUGACUAGCAGAUUAUUACAGCGGCAAGCUACGCAGAAAUACUACCAUGACAGAAAUACAAAACCACUCCAACCAUUAAAACCUGGUCAAAGUAUAAACAUCCAAGACCCAAGGACACAAACCUGGAAACCCGCAGAGAUAAAAGAGAAAAUUCAAGAAGUACCCCGAUCCUACAUUAUCACGAAACCAGGAAGAGGAGAAAUCAGGCGAAAUCGAACACAAAUACGAGAACGCCCACAAGAUCCAAUGGAACAAGCAUAUCAAGAACCCGGUGAAAGAACACUAGACAACGCCGAAAUCCCGUCCCCUAAAAGCACCCAAGAAAGCCAACAAUCCACAACGCGUAGCGGCAGAAUUGUAGUACCCCCAACACGUUUAGAUAUGUAG